AGUCUUCAUCAAAUGGGGUAAACCGAAGAGGAUAAGGCCAUACACCCCUCCUCACUAUUUAACGAUCGUCCAAUCCUUCAAUCUUCAACGCGCUUUUUCUCUCUCUAGACUUACUCUCUCUCUCUCUCUCUCUCGCUAUUUUCUUUUUAACAUAAUUCUCUCUCUCUCUCUCUCAUGGAUCCUUUUUCGCUCCUCGAAAAGUUGCAGGUCUUCGACGUCCAUGGCCGCGAUAAACGCGGCAGGAAGAUACUGAGAAUCACUGGGAAACUUUUUCCUGCCACUCUGGUAUCUGCGGAAACCCUAAAGAAGUUCUUGGCCGAGAGGGUUUUCCCCAAAUUAGAGGAUGGUCCCUUUUGUGUUGUGUAUUUUCAUACCAGAGUUCAGAGAUGUGAUAAUUUUCCCGGCUUCUCUUCUCUCCGUUCUGUGUAUGAGUUCAUACCGGCUGCCAUUAAAGACAACCUCGAAUCCGUUUAUUUUGUUCAUCCAGGCCUUCAGGCCAGGCUUUUCUUGGCCACCUUCGGUCGGUUCUUGUUUAGUGGAGGGUUCAUUGAGAAGGUGAAGUACGUAAACAGGCUGGAGUUUUUGUGGGAACACAUAAGGAGAGGGGUAUUAUCGGAAAUCCCCGAUUUCAUUCACGAACACGACGACGCCUUGGAGCACAGGCCCCUCAUGGACUACGGUUUGGAAGUGGACCACAGAAGGCUCCAUGACGUGCCUGCCAUAGACUCGAGUGCGUCCUGCCUGUACUCCCUCAGGUGUAACUCAUAACAGUGCUCCGACUGUCCUCCCUGGAUUCAUUUCAGAGGGCCGUUCAUGGACUUGAAACUUUUUCUCUCUACCUCUUUUUCUUGGCUACUUUUUUCUUUUGUGUUUUCCUUUCCUGUAAAUUUGAGGGCCUCCUUGAAAAAGGAGGCCUCUCUUUCAACUUCACGCUUCUUUAACACUGAUACUAAUUGUAGAAUCCAGUUUUGAAUCACACUGAUGUAAGAUUUCUGGUAGAAUCCGGUUUAGUCAAGCGAUAUACACAAUGUUUUGUGUCUUGGACUCCGGAGAGAGGUCGGAGGUAACGUGCAAACUGAGAAGUUAGACCCCGAAUGGGCAGGGUGAGUAUGGGCCAUCCUAAAAUCUGGUUUCGGUGGGCGAAUCUGAAUGAUCAUAUCUCCUGUUGAAAAAAUCGAAUAAAGAAGAAAAUAAAAGGGUGUGAAGUGGGAA